AUGGACAGACAAAGAACAUCAAAGGUCAAGAACAAGAAUGCAGCAGCAGUUCAGAUCACUGCUGAACAGCUGCUUAAAGAAGCUGAAAGCUUUAGAGAGAAACCUGCUGUUCAGCCUGUCCAAAAGAUAGCUGACAAGGAAGAGCUUGAUGAUUAUCGUAUGGGAAAGCGUAAAGGCUUUGAAGAUGCUGUUCGACGAAAUAGAACUGCUGUCGGAGCUUGGCUAAAAUACGCUGCAUGGGAGGAAUCUCAGGACGAACUUGAACGAGCAAGAUCUGUUUAUGAAAGAUCUCUUGAUUUUGAACCUCGUAAUCAAACACUUUGGCUAAAGUACGCAGAGAUGGAAAUGAAACAUCGCAACAUCAAUCGUGCUCGUAAUGUAUUGGAUCGAGUCGUUGCUAUUCUUCCUCGUGUAGAUCUAUUUUGGUACAAGUACACCUACAUGGAAGAAUUGCUGGACAAUGUUGCUGGUGCUAGACAGAUAUUCGAGCGUUGGAUGGAAUGGGAACCCUCGGAAGAAGCCUGGAUGGCUUUUGUCAAGUUUGAAAAACGCUAUCACGAAGUGGAUCGCGCACGUCGCAUCUUUCAGCGGUUUGUUCAGCUCAUGCCUCAACCUAAAAACUGGAUCAAAUGGGCAAAGUUUGAAGAAAUUGGUGGAAAUGUUGAUAUGGCACGGGAAAUUUACGAACAAUGCAUGUCGACUCUUGGUGAUGCUUUUAUUGAUCAAAACAUGUACAUUUCAUUUGCAAAAUUUGAAACCCGUCUUAAAGAGAUUGAACGUGCUCGAAUGAUCUUCAAGUUUGCUUUAGAUAAACUACCCGAGGGCCAAAAAGAAAACCUUUACAAUGCUUACACACAGUUUGAAAAACAGUAUGGCGGGAAAGAUGGCAUUGAGCACGUUGUCAUGUCUAAACGCCGUAUCAAAUAUGAGGAGGAACUGGCCGAGACACCUCACAACUACGAUGUAUGGUUUGACUACAUUCGUUUGGAAGAAUCCACUGAUCGACAUGAAAAAAUACGCGAAGUGUAUGAGCGUGCUAUUGCUCAGGUCCCGCCUGCUGCUGAAAAGCGAUACUGGAGACGAUAUAUUUAUUUAUGGUUGUUUUAUGCAGUAUGGGAAGAAACUGUUGCAAAUGAUGUGGAACGUGCCCGUCAAGUGUACAUCAACUGCAUCAAAUUGAUUCCACACAAACAAUUUACUUUUUCCAAGGUAUGGGUCAUGUACUCUCAUUUUUUGAUACGCUUGUUGGAUCUUACUCAAGCUCGCAAAGUUCUUGGCCAAGCUAUUGGCAUGUGUCCCAAAGAAAGGCUAUUCAAAAGCUACAUUGAACUUGAACUUUCUUUGCGUGAUUUUGAUCGUGUCCGCAUUCUAUAUCAAAAAUAUCUCGAGUGGAAUCCUGUCAACUGUUAUGGCUGGAUCAAGUUUGCAGAGUUGGAAAGUAUGCUUGGUGACGAGGACCGUGCUCGAGCCAUCUUUGAGGCUGCGAUUGCACAACCCGCUUUAGAUAUGCCAGAGAUUUUGUGGAAAUCAUAUAUCGAUUUUGAAAUCAAGGAAACCGAAUGGAAGAAUGCUCGCGAGUUGUACCAUCGUUUGCUUCAACUAACUGAUCAUGUCAAGGUGCACAUCAGCUUUGCCAACUUUGAAAUGAGUGCACUGGAUAAUGGCGACACUCAAGCCGCUAUUGCUCAAAGUCGAUCACGGUUUGCCUUGUCCAAUACCCAUUUGCGCAAGACUUCAACAAAAGAAGAACGAGUGCUUCUUCUCGAAGCAUGGCGUGAUUUUGAGCGUCUGCAUGGUACACCAGAAACACUCAAAAGCGUGGUGGCCAAGCUUCCAAGACCUGUCAAGAAACGUAGACGAGUUGAAGAUGAGCAUGGUGCGCCUGCUGGUUGGGACGAGUAUUACGAUUACAUUUUCCCAGAUGAUGAGGAUGAAAAGCCCAACUUUAAACUGCUGGCCUUGGCUCAUCAAUGGAAGAUGAAAAUGGCUGCCAUGGGUGACGAUAAUGAUGAUACAGAAUCUGAUGACGAGGAUGAUGUACAAGACAAGAAUGGUGAUGUGUCUGAACCCGAUACAUCAGAUCAUGAAAAUAAUAGCAAUCAUAAAUAAAUUGGUUUCAUUCGUC